UACACACAUUAAUUUGUAAUGUUAAAAUUGUGUGUUUCUUGUUGUGUCCGUAAAAUAGGACAAUUGCAUUGUAUUGUUCUCGCUACAUUUUUAACAUUUGGUGAUGGUUAUGUACCCAAGAAUGCUCCAUCAAGUAAUUAAUUCUGCCGGUUACUUUUUGGAAUGAGCAAACCUACAGGUACAGUGCACGGAAAACAACAGUCUCCGAUGCGGAGGUAGAGAAAUCUUCAGGUUGACUACUUAACUGUUUCCAGCAAUCCAGUGUUGUUUUUUUAUCAACCAAGCGUUGCCAUGGCAAUCAGUACAGUGAGUGGUGAACUAGCGCUGGAUCCCCUUAUAACAUGUAAACUGUGCCUUUGUGAAUAUCCCAUGAAGGAAAUGCACCAAAUGCAAGGAUGUAGCUGUGUGUAUUGUAUAUUGUGUCUUCGUCAGUACUUGUCAAUUCUUAUCCAGGAGAGUGCCAUCAGUAGUAUAACCUGCCCUGAUGCAGCAUGCAGAGAGAAGGGCAAAGUCCUCGGCAACGAGGUAAAAUUUCUUGUUGAAAGUGAAGUGUUUGAGAGAUACAAGCAAGUCAAAUUUGAGCUCGAGGUAGACCUUGAUCCCAGCAGAACCUGGUGCCCCGAAGUCGGCUGUGAGACUAUCUGUCAUGUGUGCAACGGGGACCCGUCUAAAGCUAAGCCGGUGCAUUGCCCGACCUGCGGUACAAAUUUCUGUUCAAUCUGCAAAUCCCGUUGGCACGCCAACCUGUCAUGUGGUGAAUACAUGGGCACGUUGACACACAAGGCCAGCUCAAGUUCUCAUGUUCUGGAAGCGCUCGGUUUACCCUUUGACAAUGAGGAUGUAGCCAAGAUUAAACGCUGUCCGAUGUGUCAUAUACCGAUUGAACGAGAUGAGGGGUGCGCACAGAUGAUGUGCAAAAGAUGUAAACACGUAUUCUGUUGGUACUGCCUGGCAAAUCUUGACGACGACUUUUUACUGCGGCACUAUGAUAAGGGGCCAUGCAAGAACAAACUCGGGCAUUCCAGAGCGUCUGUCAUUUGGCACAGAACACAGGUUAUUGGAAUCUUCGCUGGAUUUGGCCUUCUCCUCUUUCUUGCCUCACCCUUUCUCCUCCUCGUUGCUCCAUGCAUCCUCUGCUGUAAAUGUAAAUGGUGUCGAUGCUGCGACGAAGACGACGACCUCCCACCAGCUUGAGACGCCAACACCGAGGGGACGAGUCUGUAAAUAUCAAAAGGAUAUAGUAAAUACAUGUACACUACCAUAGGUUAAAGAAGGAUAGUGGUUUAUUCUCUCAAAACCUCUUGUUCCCAAGGAAGACAUUAUGUGACUCAGCUGAAGGACAUUUUGUCGAAGCGAGCCUUGCCCGAUGGGAGGACAUCUUCUCAGCAUAAAACGGCGCAUCAAUCUAAAGGAUCUGAAUGUCUUGUUUUAGGAGACACGAUUGGGGAAAAUACGUGCAGGCGGUCAGCCGAGGGUCACACGUCCUUAUGAGAGUUUCCAGUGAAUGUUUUUCUGGGAAAGACAUUGUAGAUCGAUUUGAUUUGCUACAUGUCACGUUUGAAGAAGAAAAAAGACUUGCUGGCAAGCUUUAUAAACUCUGGCAUGUUUGGCCUUCGUUGUUGUCAAAGGGGGAAGCACAUGGAACUUAGGUUGCCAGCUACAAGACAAGUCACGCUACAAGACAAGUCACGCAAUCCGACGAUAGCUCAGGGGCUAGCUAUUGAUGUGAGCUAGGGGGCUAGCUAUGUGAGCUCAGGGGCUAGCUAUGUGACCUUCGGGGCUAGCUAUGUGACCUUCGGGGCUAGCUAUGUGAGCUCGGGGCUAGCUAUGCGAGUUCGGCAGCUAGCUGAGUGAGCUCGGGGGCUAGCUGUGAGAGCUCGGUGGCUAGCGAUGAGAGCUCGGGGGCUAGCUAUAUGAGCUCGGGGCUAGCUAUGUGAUCUCAGGGGCUAGCUGUGUGAGCUCGUGGGCUAGCUAUGUGAGCUCAGGGGCUAGAGAUGAGAGCUCGGGGGCUAGCUACGUAUAUGAGCUAGGGGGCUAGCCAUGUGAGCUCAGGGGCUAGCUAUGUGACCUUCGGGGCUAGCUAUGUGAGCUCGGGGGCUAGCUAUGCGAGUUCAGCGGCUAGAGAUGAGAGCUCAGGGGCUAGCUAUGUGAGAUAGGGGGCUAGCUAUAAACUCAGGGGCUAGCUAUGUGAGUUCAGGGGCUAGCUGUGUGAGCUCAGGGGCUAGCUGUGUGAAAGCUUAGGGGCUAGCCAUGUGAGAGUUUAGGGGCUAGCUAUGAGAGCUCGGGGGCUAGCUAUGUGAGUUUAGGGGCUAGCUAUGUGAGCUCGGGGGCUUCCUGUGUGAGAGCUUAGGGGCUGCCAUGUAAGGACAGCAGCUAGCCAUGUUGGCUCAGGGGCUAGCCAUGUAAGGUCAGCAGCUAGUCAUGUUGGCUCAGGGGCUAGCCAUGUGAGAGUUUAGGGGCUAGCUAAGAGAGAUCAUGGUCUUCAAAUAUGAGCGUUGUUCCCAUCCUGAUUUUGAGCACUUCUAAAACAAGUGAAAACAUCUUUCACUGCCUAAAAAAAACCACUGUCUUCAUCUAUAAUUUAUUUUUAGCAAAUAUGGCAGUGUAUUUGUAUUAAUUAUUUAUGUUAAAGUAAUUCAUUUUGGGUGUUCAUCGGUAGUUUUAUUGGCUAUGAGAUGGGAUUUCUUUUUAAAAAUUAAAUUGGGAGAAUCGGUUACUGCCCUCUCGACCUUACUUGCUUAAGUCGAGUGAUGUCAUCGAAUCACGUUGGUUCCCCAAGCCUUUCUGUCCCCCAUUGCCGACUUAAAAUCUGUUGAUUCAAAUCCCGUGUCCAUUUUGAGAAUGUCAGUAUAAGUUAGUGCCGGUCUACCAGGUUUCCUCCUCCCAUGCUUAGGGGUCCACCGAACAAUAUUGGACACUGGUUCACUUUGCUCCUGUAGCAGUGGCAAGCAAAGCGCAUCCUUCUCUGUCUGAUUUUUUGCUGAGAGCUUGGGUAGAUUCCAUGUAGGACUUUGUUUGUCAUAUUUUGACUCCAGUGGAUGUUAAGAGCUCGACCACCUGGCCAGUAAUUUUAACAAUGUGUCAGUAACCCCAAUGGAUUGACAUACCUUCUAGGCCACUAUGCCACUAGCCUGAGAAUUUUAGCAGAGGGCGCUGGUUCAAAUCCCACUCUAGUCAGUUUGUCUUUGUUCACCCUAAAAUUGAUUUAUAACUGCCAAUUCACCUUGUGGUUAGUUUACUUGAAACAAUUAUUCUCUGUGUAAUUUUGUACAUUUAUGUAAUAUUUUUACAAAUAAUGGAUGACAUUGUGGUAGUUACAAUGUAUAAAGCACAACCUUUGCACAUUAAGGUGUUCUGAUAAGUUUAAAGGCAGUGGACACUAUUGGUGAUUGUCAAAGACUAGACUUCACAGUUGGUGUAUCUCA